AUGGCUAUUGACCAGACUGUUCUUGCUGGUCCAAGGCCUGUUGGCCCAUCCUCAAGCUCCCCUAUCGAUGAGAUACACCCUGCACCUGUCCCAGUGAGCCCGGGAUCCGAAGACGACACUCCGCCAUUACAUGCCGUCAACGUCGCGCUCCGAUGGAACGGGUCAAAGACUAUGAUGUGGAGGGUCCUGGCGACAUUCUGGUGUGCAUUUGUCAUGGGCUCCAAUGACGCUGCGUAUGGAGCCAUUAUUCCCUACCUCGAGACUUCCUAUCAUAAGAACUACACAAUCAUCUCCUUGGUGUUUUUAUCCCCGUUCUUGGGCUACACUGUGUCUGCAGUCCUAAGUAAUCUGAUCCACCAGCGUCUCGGCCGUCGAGGAGUGGCAUCUAUCGGCCCAGCAUGUCACUUGCUUGCCUUUGCAGUUAUAUCGACUAACCCACCCUUCCCGGUCCUAGUGAUCAUGUAUAUCUUCGUGGGACUGGGAAGCGGCAUCCAGAACGCAGGAUGGAACGUGUGGAUCAGCAGUCUGGCCAAUUCUCACGAAGUACUUGGGUGUUUCCACGGAUUCUAUGGCGUGGGUGCCACUGUCAGUCCUCUCGUUGCGACAACGUUGAUCACCAAAGCCAGCUGGGAAUGGAAUUCAUUCUAUUAUCUCCUGACUGGAGCCGCUGCUCUUGAACUCAUCAAUGCCACCAGCGCCUUCUGGACUGAGACAGGAUCCAAGUAUCGACAGGAUCAUCCUUCUGCUCCAGGUAGAGAAGGAGGUGGAUCUCUCAAUCAGACCAAACUGUCCCUCACAUACAGAGUCACCUGGAUAUGUGCUAUCUUCCUCUUCCUUUAUGGUGGCUGCGAAGUCGCUAUCGGAGGAUGGAUUGUCGUGUUCAUGACAGACGUGCGCCAUGGCAGUCCUUUUGCGUCCGGAAUGGCCGAAACAGGAUUCUGGCUGGGCGUGACGGUUGGCCGCUUCGUUCUUGGGUUUGUCUCGCCUCAUAUUGGAGAGAAACUGUCGAUCAUCGUGUACAUCAUCUUGGCCAUCGCACUGGAACUCAUUUUCUGGCUUGUGCCUCAGUUUAUCGUUUCGGCCGUAGCAGUUGCGCUGGUUGGGUUCUUUUUGGGAACCAUUUUCCCAGGCGUGGUGGUCGUUGCUACUCGGAUGUUGCCGAAGCAUUUGCAUGUCGCGGCUAUUGGGUUUGCAGCUGCGUUUUCUAUGGGUGGAGGAGCUGUCUUCCCUUUCAUGAUUGGUGCUAUUGCGCAGGCCAAGGGUGUGUCGGUGUUGCAACCCAUUUUGCUAGCGAUGUUGGCCGUGGCUCUGAUGAUUUGGGGAACAUUACUUCGAGCUCCAUCGCAACAGUCGCAGCAUCAAGUUUGA